AUGAUUCUCCCAGCUCAUGCCGAAGGUAAAAAUGCUACAAAAAAAGCCGAUGCAUUUGAACAGGUAUAUCAUAAUUCUUCAUACAUAGUCACUAGUGCUGAUACAAAUUCAACAUUUGAUAUGGAUCCACCAUUAAUUCCUAAUUUAAAUACUUUAAAAACAUAUGAUAGUAAUAUGCCAGCAAUAAUUAAUGAUAAUAAUUUAUUAUUAGAUAACACAUAUGGUUUAGGUGAUUCAGCAUCAGCAAAUAUUAAUUUUUUUUCUCAUUCACUUUCACAAACACCACGUAAAGUUGAUCAUCAUUAG